GUCUGAUCACACUUCCUUCGCCAGACGCGUUAUCGGCCUUGCAACCCGGAGGAGGGACCAGCAUGGUGCUCUAUGACUAUAUUCCGUCUUGGGAGACGGUUGCCAAGACAUCAUUUGGAACUGCGCUUGUCAUGGUCGGCGGCACGAUGGGCGCGCUAUACUACGGGCAAAGCGCGCUCAUCUACCCAAGUGGGAUCCCCCAGGAUUCAAGAACAACCGUGGCUGUCCCAACCCAGUAUGGAAUGCCUUAUGAUGACAUAGACCUCAUCACACCCGACAACGUUAAGCUCAAGGCGUACUUGAUGCUGAACGGAUAUGGGCACGAUGACGAGAAAGAAGUGUAUUCGGCAGCGCGGGCAAUGCGUAGACCAACGGUAUUCUUGCUACAUGCAAAUGCAGGCAAUAUGGGACACCGAUUACCGCUCGCGAGUAUCUUCUACAACAAGAUGCACUGCAAUGUCUUUAUGCUGUCGUAUCGUGGGUACGGACAAAGUGAGGGAACGCCAUCCGAGAAAGGUAUUCGCAUCGACGCAGAAACCGCAUUGCAGUAUAUCACCAAGCAUCCAGUUCUGAAAGACACCAAGAUAUUCUUAUAUGGGCAAUCACUGGGCGGCGCAGUUGCCCUUGAUCUGGCAUCCCGCUAUGCUACCCUCAUACACGCGGUGAUUGUUGAGAACACCUUCCUCUCCAUCCCGAAACUCAUUCCUACCGUCCUUCCCCUCCUCUCCCCAUUCUCCUUCCUCUGUCAUCAAAUCUGGGACUCUGAAACGCGCAUCCCCUUCAUUCCUUCAACCACUCCCAUGCUCUUCCUCGCCGGCAAGCGGGAUGAACUAGUUCAUCCCACGCACAUGAAGCGUCUAUACGAGCUUGCCUGUGCAACGGAGGAGGAUCAAAACGCGCCCGCGGUGGUCAUGGGAGGAGUGAAGGAGACGGAUAACGGGGGAAUCAAGCUUGACGUAGACGGCGAACGGAGGGUAUGGUGGGACUGCGAGCGAGGGACGCAUAAUGACACAUGUGCUCAGCCGGGGUAUUGGGAGACGGUGAGGGACUUUGUCAGUCGAUGGCGAUAGGCUGCUUCAUGAUCGGUUUAAGCCGAAAGUGAUAGACAUGGUUGCGGAGCGCUACCCACAAGUGGGUUUGUUGUUGCAUAUUAUGGUUUUUUGUACGCAUAUACUCGGCUCUCCAAACUAGCGAUAUCCCACUCGUAAUGAAUU